AUGGCUGGCCUGAGGAUCUCUGCAAGGUUGCGACUCGCAUAUGUCUCUGCCUUGUUCCAACAACGUAUCUCUUUCAUUGAUAAGCUUCCAGUUGGGCGGCCCACAACGACCAUCACAACAUCGGCAAACUUGAUUCAAGCGGGGAUCGGUGACAAGCUUUCGAUUCUAGUGCAGUCUCUGACCUUGGUUAUCGCCGCAUACGUUGUCGCCUUCCGUUAUUCUUGGUCGCUGACGCUAGUUUCGAGCUCUGCGUUAGUAUUCCUACUACUUCUUCUUUCUAUAACGGUUCCUCUGUUUAUGAAGCUGCAAAAAAAAGUUGACUUCGCCAACGAGAAAGCCUCGUCAAUUGCGGGUGAGGCUUUGGGAACUAUGAGAACAAUUGUAGCCUGCGGCGCGGAAGACCGUUUAGGAUCAAGAUACGCAGGAUGGAUGGCUGAGGCUAGGCGGAGGGGUUUGCGAAUAUCCCCCGUCAUGGGAAUUCACCUAAGCCCUCUUCACUUUGCCUUGUAUUGCAACUUUGCAUUGACCUUUUGGUUUGGGAUAAGGCAAUAUUCUAGAGGUAACGUUGAAGAUGUUGGCGAGGUUGUCAUCGUUAUAUUUUCUGUCCUUAUUGUUGUUUCUGCCGUCUCGUCAAUUGCGUCUCCGAUCAUGGCUAUAACAAAGGCGAUCGGUGCCUCGGAGGCUUUUUUUGAAGUCCUGGACAAGCCCAGUCCAUCAUCGUCAGGCUUGAGGGAGCCAGAAGUUUCUGCCACAAAGGAUAUCAAACUGAACAACGUCACCUUCUCUUAUCCAAGUCGGCCGAGUGUCAAGGUAUUGAAUAACCUCUCCCUACGAAUUCCUGCCGGCAAGAUUACAGCCCUAGUUGGCCCUUCCGGGUGUGGCAAAAGCACAAUCGUUGGACUUCUAGAGCGUUGGUACCAACUGGACGAUGUGCUUGAGCCCCUUAAGAUCUCAACUGCCGAACAAAAUUCGAAAAAUAGCGACGAAGAUCAAUCUGUUGCUGUCGAUACGAUCGCACCAAAUGCUGGAUUUAUAUCUCUUGAUACCACAAAUAUCAUUGAUCUAGAUCUCAAGUGGUGGAGGUCACAGAUUGGCCUCGUCCAGCAGGAACCCUUUUGCUUCAACGCUUCCAUUUAUCAAAAUGUCUCAUACGGUUUGUUUGGAUCGAAAUGGGAAAAUGAGGACGAGACGAUAAAGCGACAGCUAGUAAAAGAGGCGUGCCAUGAAGCGUUUGCUGACGAGUUCAUUGAUAGGCUUCCACAGGGUUAUGAUACGCUGGUUGGCGAGAAUGGUAUUAAACUUAGCGGUGGCCAACGGCAGCGACUCGCCAUAGCUAGGAGUAUUAUCAAACGACCUGCAAUACUCGUUCUUGACGAGGCGACGAGUUCAAUCGACGUGCGUGGUGAGCGUAUUGUCCAAGAGGCAUUAGAUCGUGUGUCGAAGAACCGCACUACUAUUACCAUUGCACACCGUUUGUCUACUAUCAAGAAAGCCGAUAAGAUUAUUCUGCUGAAAGCUGGACAGGCAAUGGAAGAGGGCACACACGAGGAGCUGUUGUCAUUGGAAGGACUGUACUACGACCUCGUGAUGAACCAGCAGCUUGAAAUGGAAGGUGACCCCAGCUCGCCUGAGCGAGUCGAAGAAGAUGUUUCAGACCCGGUCCUUUCUAAGGCAAUAAGUGAGAAAAGAGCGGAAAAUGACAUCCUUGAGGUCGGUGAAGAAAGCAUCAAGCCCAAAUCCCUUAUCAAUUCUGUAGGGUUGUUUCUUUGGGAACAGAGACGACUGUCGUUGCUAUAUCUGUCGAUCAUAGUUGGAGCUGCUGGAUGCGGCGGUAGGCACAAAGGCAUAUCCACACGGCAACCUGAGACUAACUUGUUUGUAGCUGGUUUCUCAGUCCAGAGCUUUAUUUUUGCGCAUCUUAUCCAGACGUUUCAACUCACUGGGUCGGAGUUGCUGAACCGUGCAGAUUUCUGGGCCCUGAUGUUUUUUAUCCUCGCCAUCGCGGUGUUCUUUUUCUACUUUUUACUCGGCUUUUCCUCCGUGUCGGUAUCAACACACAUAGCCACUAUUUAUCGCCAGCAAUAUUUUGAAGGCAUCAUUCAUAAGCCAAUUCCUUUCUUCGACAAAGAGGAAAAUUCGACAGGAGCAUUAACAGCGCGGCUGUCCUCUGACCCAACGCAAUUGCAAGAACUUCUAGGACCGUACAUGGCGUUCCCUUUGAUUUCCUUAUUCAAUAUCAUUGGAUGCAUUGCCAUAUCCUUUGCUUUCGGAUGGAAGCUGACCAUUGUUUCAGUGUUUUCGGCUUACCCAAUUCUCAUUCUUGCCGUCUUUAUUAGAUCUAGGUAUGAGCUUCGAUUUGAGAAACUGAACAAUGCUGUCUUCGCGGAGAGUGCGCAAUUUGCAACUGAAGCAAUAGGCGCAUUCCGUACCGUUACAUCGCUCACGCUUGAAGAUUCAAUCAACAAGAGGUAUUCAGACCUUCUUCAAAAUCAGGUCCGAGCGGCGUUCUUAAAGGCGAGGCACGGAUGUCUGGUGUUUGCCGCAGCCGAUAGUUUGGACCUCGGAUGUAUGGCAUUGUGCUUCUGGUAUGGUGGACAAGCUUCUGGUCAAUUUGGAAGUUUGACUCCUAACAUGGCGCAGGCAUCAGAGGCCGCAAACAGGAUCAUAAGUCUCAGGACCUCCCCCGGUCACGAUGAUUCGAAAGCACCAGGCUCUGUGGUUGAGCUCGACGGCGGUGCCAAGAUAGAGUUCAGAUCCGUGAGCUUCAAAUAUCCAACACGCGAUCUGCCUGUGUUCAAGGAUCUUAGUUUUACCGUUGUGGGAAAACUUCGAUCAUUUCCCUUCUCGAGAGGUUCUAUUCGUGAUAAUGUCAUGCUUGGCGUCGACCCAGCGACAGUGACGGAUGAAGAAGUUUACCAAGCGUGUCGCGAUGCCGAAAUUCACGAAUUCAUCCAAUCUUUGCCAGACGGAUAUGCUACCGACGUGGGAAAUCGGGGUCUCUCUCUAUCUGGCGGACAAAAACAGCGGAUUUCAAUCGCUCGUGCACUUCUUCGAAACCCACAAGUGCUCCUCCUAGAUGAGGCAACGUCCAGCCUCGAUUCGGAAUCGGAGAAACUGGUGCAAGCUGCAAUAGAACGAACAGCUAAAGGACGAACAAUUGUUGUUGUGGCUCAUCGGCUGGCGACGGUGCAGAAUGCUGAUGUCAUUUUUGUUUUUGGAGAGCUCCACACAGGGCGGUGGGGAAAGAGGGAGUGCACCAAGGGAUCGGGGAUUGUAGAGUACGGCGAUCAUAGGUCGUUAAUACGGAGACAAGGUGUCUAUUUCGAGAUGUGCAAAUCACAGGCUCUCGAUCGCUAA